CCUCUACUCCAUUAUAGAAGCAGUAACUAAUCCACCACCUCUACUCCAUUAUAGAAGCCGUAACUAAUCCACCACCUCUACUCCAUUAUAGAAGCAGUAACUAAUCCACCACCUUUACUCCAUUAUAGCAGCAGUAACUAAUCCACCACCUCUACUCCAUUAUAGCAGCAGUGGCUGAAGGCAGUAACUAGGGCGGGGAAUUGCCAGGGACCUCACAAUACGAUAUUAUCACAAUACUUAGGUGCCGAUACGAUAUAUAUUGUGAUUAUUGUGAUUCUUGCGAUUCUCACGAUUCUAUAUGUAUUGCGAAUCGAUACUGUGAUUUUAUUGCCAUUCGAUGGUCCAAUCAUAUUGCUCACCAUAUAUCUGCUGCAGAGGAACAAGAGAGAGUCAUGAGAAAAUGAGUUUUGAUCAGUCAUGGAAAUAAAAGUGAUGAAAAUAUGUUGGUUCCCUAUUUAUUUAUUUUUAUAUGGAGAACAAGCUAUGAAGGGAAAAUACUGGAGUUUUGGUGCAGGUACUGCCAACUAGCACAAAAAUAAUAUUGCGAUAUUGUCAAAACAAUACGAUGUGAUAUAUCGUUAAAAAUAAUAUCCCAAUAUGAAACUGUAUCGAUUUUUUCCCCCAUCGCUAGCAGUACUCCCUUAAUUGUCAGUUAAAGACUCUAAGUACUGUUGUAGAACUCUUCAGACCACAUUGGUUGAACCCUCCAACUGGCUCCAAUAUACCGACUGGGUUCGAACUCCUGUGCGCCACAAGACUGUGUUAGCCCACUGAUGCAGGUCAAAGGGGAGGGUGAAGAUGCCUAGGCUUUAGCUCAGUGGGAUAACACAGUCUUGUGCAUCAAGUGUGAUGAAUAACCUUGCCUUAGGCCUGAAGCUUUAGCAGGCUAACAGUCUUGUGCAACAGUGUGAUGAAUAACCUUGCCUGAGACCUGAAGCUAGGCUUUAGCAGGGUAACAGUCUUGUGCAACAGUGUGAUGAAUAACCUUGCCUGAGACCUGAAGCUAGGCUUUAGCAGGGUAACAGUCUUGUGCAACAGUGUGAUGAAUAACCUUGCCUGAGACCUGAAGCUAGGCUUUAGCAGGGUAACAGUCUUGUACAGAGGCACAACCCAGCUGGUAACAUACACUGUGCAAUAUAGCUGUGUUUAUUCAUCUUCUGGCUGUCAGGGACCUGUUGAAUGUUCUGCUUUCUCUGGGCUUAAAUCAUCAGACCUGGACAGAUCGUCUCAUCCACAUUAGUCUCAUGAUUAUGGAUUGAUAGAGAUCAUUCUAUUCAUCCUACAUCAGAUAUGAAGGGUUGCCUGGUUACAGAUGAGCCUGGUUUAUUCAAGGGAACAACAGACUACACACACAAACACGCACACAGCAAACUAACUCUCAGACACGCACAGUGAACACACAUCACACAGACACACGCACACGCACACACACCUACUGUAGAUGUUAAUGAACAGAUGCUGCUGUUGUAAUAUGAGGAUUGAAAUGAAAGCAAGGCCAGAAGAUAAAAGAGUGAUGAAAGAAAGAGGGUUACAUCUCCUUCUGUAUAUGCCGCGACGAAGAGAGAAGAAAGAGAAGAGAAGAAGAGAAGAAAGAGAGAAGAGAGAAGAGGAGAAGAGAGAGAAGAGAGAGGAAAAGAGAGACGACAGAACGAAAGAGUGCGAGAACCUCCUAGGAAAUAUCUAACAGAGGAAGACAAGAAGUCGAUCAUCCUCCCCAGCCUCUUCUCCCCUCCCCCAUACUCCUCUCCUCUCCCUCCUCCCUCCUCCUCCCUCUCUUCUCUCCUCCUCUCAUCCUCCCUCUCUCCUCCCUCUCCUCCCUCUCUCCUCUCUCCUCUCUCUCCCCCCUCUAUUCCCCCUCUCCCAGCCUUGCAGGAUAAAAGCAGCAUUGUCUCUUGCCUGAAUCAUAAUAACACCACAGCCCCUUGAAAUCACAUGUUCUGUGCAUUUGUGUGUUAAUGUAUAACAGCAGCAGAGAUGGUGUUUUGAGGAAACACGGACGUCUGUCAUUAUAGCAGUUGUCGGCUUAAUUCAGUUGAUGUUGAUAUGUGUUACUGACCCCUGCUGGUGUGGAAUUGCAGGGACUGGUUUCAUAACUCCUGUAUUCCUCCUGUUCAUGUUGGGCGGGUUUCCUCUUAAGUUCAAAGUCAGAAUGACAUUUUGAUCCUUUGCUCUGAAAUAUUUCAAUAUAUAUGUGUAUAUAAAUUAUAUGUAUAUAUAAUUAAUUGAAUUAUAUGUAUAUUUUAUUUAUUGAUUUAUAUCAAGGUCUUGGUGUGAUUGUAGCUGGAAAACCAAACUUGCAGCUGUUUAUGGAAGGCUGUUGGGGUCAUACUGUUGGGGUCAUACCGUGUCUAAAAACAUAGCUGAGUGUCUUCUCUCCCAGUGAUAGCAAAAAAAAGAAUUUAUGUGCAAAUGAAUAAUAACGAUCCAUUCUCCUGUUCUCUCUCUCUCCCUAUCUUCAGAACCCUGUCAAUGAAUAACAAUCACAACAGCCAAUGAAUUAAAAGUACAGCAGAACCUAACCUGCUGUCUGUCUGUCCGCUCUCUUUCGAAGAAUAUAAAUAUGAACAAUCUAUUGUCUCCCUAGCCGUCUCCAACCUGGAUGUGGAGAGUAAGCUGACGGUUCACUACCAGGCCCCAUGGCACCAACACCACAACGUGUUUCACCCCUGCAGCCGGCCACCAUGCGUAGAGGAGCUCCACAGGCAUGCCAAGCAGAGCCUGCGAGCCCUGCACAGAGGUGAGAGGUCACAUGGACGUAAACACAAAAGGACGCAGGCAUAUGCACACACACCACCGAACACACAACACCUAACACACAACACCUAACAUACACCACCUAACAUACACCACCUAACAUACAGUGAGGGAAAAAAGUAUUUGAUCCCCUGCUGAUUUUGUACAUUUGCCCACUGACAAAGAAAUGAUCAGUCUAUAAUUUUAAUGGUAGGUUUAUUUGAACAGUGAGAGACAGAAUAACAACAAAAAAAGGCUGAAAAACGCAUGUCAAAAAUGUUAUAAAUUGAUUUGCAUUUUAAUGAGGGAAAUAAGUAUUUGACCCCUCUGCAAAACAUGACUUAGUACUUGGUGGCAAAACCCUUGUUGGCAAUCACAGAGGUCAGACGUUUCUUGUAGUUGGCCACCAGGUUUGCACACAUCUCAGGAGGGAUUUUGUCCCACUACUCUUUGCAGAUCUUCUCCAAGUCAUUAAGGUUUCGAGGCUGACGUUUGGCAACUCAAACCUUCAGCUCUCUCCAAAGAUUUUCUAUGGGAUUAAGGUCUGGAGACUGGCUAGGCCACUCCAGGACCUUAAUGUGCUUCUUCUUGAGCCACUCCUUUGUUGCCUUGGCCGUGUGUUUUGGGUUAUUGUCAUGCUGGAAUACCCAUCCACGACCCAUUUUCAAUGCCCUGGCUCAGGGAAGGAGGUUCUCACCCAAGAUUUGACGGUACAUGGCCCCGUCCAUCGUCCCUUUGAUGCGGUGAAGUUGUCCUGUCCCCUUAGCAAAAAAACACCCCCAAAGCAUAAUGUUUCCACCUCCAUGUUUGACGGUGGGGAUGGUGUUCUUGGGGUCAUAGGCAGCAUUCCUUCUCCUCCAAACAUGGCGAGUUGAGUUGAUGCCAAAGAGCUCGAUUUUGGUCUCAUCUGACCACAAUUUUGGUCUCAUCUCAUUCACCCAGUUCUCCGCUGAAUCAUUCAGAUGUUCAUUGGCAAACUUCAGACGGGCAUGUAUAUGUGCUUUCUUGAGCAGGGGGACCUUGCGGGCGCUGCAGAAUUUCAGUCCUUCACGGCGUAGUGUGUUACCAAUUGUUUUCUUGGUGACUAUGGUCCCAGCUGCCUUGAGAUCAUGGACAAGAUCCUCCUGUGUAGUUCUGGAAUGAUUCCUCACCGUUCUCAUGAUCAUUGCAACUCCACGAGGUGAGAUCUUGCAUGGAACCCCAGGCCGAGGGAGAUUGACAGUUCUUUUGUGUUUCUUCCAUUUGCGAAUAAUCGCACCAACUGUUGUCACCUUCUCACCAAGCUGCUUGGCGAUGGUCUUGUAGCCCAUUCCAGCCUUGUGUAGGUCUACAAUCUUGUCCCUGACAUCCUUGGCUCUUUGGUCUUGGCCAUGGUGGAGAGUUUGGAAUCUGAUUGAUUGAUUGCUUCUGUGGACAGGUGUCUUUUAUACAGGUAACACGCUGAGAUUAGGAGCACUCCCUUUAAGAGUGUGCUCCUAAUCUCAGCUCGUUACCUGUAUAAAAGACACCUGGGAGCCAGAAAUCUUUCUGAUUGAGAGGGGGUCAAAUACGUAUUUCCCUCAUUAAAAUGAAAAUCAAUUUAAACAUUUUUGACAUGUGUUUUUCUGGAUUUUUUUGUUGUUAUUCUGUCUCUCACUGUUCAAAUAAACCUACCAUUAAAAUUAUAGACUGAUCAUUUUCUUUGUCAGUGGGAAAACGUACAAAAUCAGCAGGGGAUCAAAAUUACUUUUUUCCCUCACUGUACAGGGGGGCCGCACGGGACAGGACCGAACAGGACACCACCAGACAGAACCAUCCGAAGGAGAGAAGCACAGAGCACAGAACAGACACCAGCCGAACAGUAACAUACACCACCUAACAGACACCACCAACCAUACACCACCAAAUACAACCACGAACACAUAACAUACACCACCUAACACCAAAUACACCACCGAACCGAACAUACACCACAACAAACACCACACAACACUAACAGACACCACCUAAAACACCAAUAAACACACAACACACAAAACACACCACGAACACCUAACACAACAUACACCACACAUAAGACAACCACCACAACACUAACAACACACCACAACAACACCACCAACACCAACAACACCACCAACAACACCACACUAACAAAACAUACACCACCAACACACAAAAACACACUACACCACCAACAACCAACAUACGAACACCAACAACACCACCAACACAACAACCAAACAACAACACCCAACACAACAACGACACCACCGAACACCAAAAGCACACCACACAACAACAACCAACUAACACACAAACCAUACACACACCAACACAAACACAACACCACUAACAACACCACCAACACAUAACAACACCAACCUAACACCAACACAACGACACACAACAUACACCACAACAUAACAACAACCACCACACCAAAACACAACAAUACACACCAAUAACACCACCAAACACAUAACAAACACCACCUAACACCUAACAUACACCACCUAACACUAACACACUAACACCAACAUACACCACCAACACCAAACAUACCCACCAACACCAACAACACCACCAAACACAAACAUACACCACCAUAAUACACACCUAACACCAAAACAAACCACGAAAUACACACAACACAAAACCCCCAAACAUACACCACCUAAACAACACCACCUAACACAACAACACCACCUAACACCUAACAUACACCACCUAACACAACAAACACCACCUAACACCAAACAUACACCACCGAACACCUAACAUACACCACCUAACACCUAACAUACACCACCUAACAUACACCACCUAACACCUAACAUACACCACCUAACAUACACCACCUAACAUACAUCACCUAACAUACACCACCUAAGACAGACCACCUAACAUACACCAUCUAACAUACACCACCUAAGACAGACCACCUAACACAGACAUGCCAAGCAGAGCUUCUUUGCCCUACACAGAGCUGGGGAACCACUGACCAGAGCACACACACACACACACACACCAUACACACCCCACCUAACAACAGUUUGAACCAGGGUUGGUGUCAAUUCAGUCAGUAUCCCUCAUAUAUAGUGCCACCUAGUGUUCGUACAGUGGACACCUGCUUGUCUGAGUUCUAGAAAACUCUUGACUGAUAUGAUCUCAGUGAGGAACCAGUGGCUGUUGUAACUGUAACACAACAUGGUGACUGCUAGUGAAUAUUAUAAUCUAAUGUAGCGAGACCCUGUCAGAAUCUGACCACAGUAUUUCCCCUCAUGGUUUACAGACCAACAGCAACGUCAACGGUCGACCAGCAGCGAGCGCAGAGUGACCAUCUCCAUCUCUGGGGCUCCUCCGAUGCCCACCCUCCCUUCCCCACGCACCCUCAGACGGCACGAGCAGAGGGGCAGGCACAGCCGUGCGGUAAGGGGAGACACGUCUUUACAGGCUUUUACUCCAGCCCUACACAAGCACACCUGAUACAGCAGCUAAUCAAUGUCCUGAGGAGAAGUGCUGAAAUGACUUGACUGUAUAUGUUUGUUUUAUUGUCAAGCAGCAGGCGAGACCAGAGAGAGAGAUAGAAUAUCAACCACGGAAGGUAAACUACCACAUAGUGUAGUGCCUGUUAGUGGUGUGUGUUGUCAACCUACAAGUGGUGUGUUAUGUCAACGUACAAGUGGUGUGUGUUGUCAACCUACAAGUGGUGUGUGUUGUCAACCUACAAGUGGUGUGUGUUGUCAACCUACAAGUGGUGUGUGUUGUCAACCUACAAGUGGUGUGUGAUGUCAACCUACAAGUGGUGUGUGUUGUCAACCUACAAGUGGUGUGUGUUGUCAAUCUACAGGUGGUGUGUGUUGUCAACCUACAAGUGGUGUGUGUUGUCAAUCUACAGGUGGUGUGUGUUGUCAACCUACAAGUGGUGUGUGUUGUCAACCUACAAGUGGUGUGUGUUGUCAACCUACAAGUGGUGUGUGUUGUCAACCUACAAGUGAUGUGUGAUGUCAACCUACAAGUGGUGUGUGAUGUCAACCUACAAGUGGUGUGUGAUGUCAACCUACAAGUGGUGUGUGUUGUCAACCUACAAGUGGUGUGUGAUGUCAACCUACAAGUGGUGUGUGUUGUCAACGUACAAGUGGUGUGUGUUGUCCACGUGUGUCCACUGUGUUUUCACAUUGUGGUCCUGUAACUGUAACUAUGAAAAUACAGUUGAAUUUCUUCUUAACUUGAUAUAGUAGUGUAUGUGUCCAUUGUUGAUGAUGUCACCAGUGCAGUGCAGUGGGCCUAGUAUUUUUCAGCUUGUUGUGUUCUCUCCCUGCUGCAUGGCUACCACUAGGAGAGACACAUGAGAGAGACAGACAUCCAGACAAUACAAAGAAAGGUAACAGAAAAGGCAUAGCUCUUGUAUCUCAUCAGAACACAUACAUCUUCAUUAAGAUCACUUUAAUGGUCAAUUGCACACAAGGGCCAACCAAAAUUUGACUUCCGCUCUUAACCCAACCCCUCCGAAAGACACACAUCCAUACACGGGUUUUGGAGAGGUGCAGGGGGCUGCCACACUGGGAGCUGUUGUUGUGGGGGUUAAGUAUCUAUGAUUUGAUCACUUCCCGCCCGAUUUUCCCCGUCAGACCUGGGAUUUAAACAGGCAACCCUCCGGUUUCUGGCUCGCCUCUCUAACCGCUAGGUUACCUGAUCUCAUCGCAUGUUUUAUCAUACAUUUCCCAUCCCAGUGAGUUUGCAUGCUUGUGAGUUUGUUUGUAUUCCACAUCAGAAUGUUUAGCGUUAUGUCUCAUCGUGCUACGUAUCUUCCCUUAACGCUGCAGGAGAGACCUGGAAGGGAGGUUCACUGUCACACUAUACAGAGAAAGGUAAAUGGGAUGGCAUUCAUUGCAGGAUGACCCCUCUAACGUCAUGCUAACGUCACUCUUAUUACAGCUUAUAACAGCUUUCUGUCCUGAGGAUCCUGAAAACAGUCACCUCUCAUCAUUCACAGAUGAAUAUCAUUCUUUCACUCCAGUUUCUUGUAGGAUGGGAUGAUGAAAUCACUUCUUGUCUAAUAGGUGAAGAAGGAUGUCUUCAAUCUCCUUAGCAUCACAAGAAGUUACACACAAUGCUUUGUGUCCCUAGUCCGCAACACAUGGGUCCCCAUGUUUUAUCCUGUCUGUCAUAUGUUUCAUUCAAUAUGAUUUCACCCAUGUCUCCAAGUCCAAUCCAUGGUUUUCAUUUGUCCCGUCGAUCAAGUUGUCAUCAUUUUUGUUUUCUUCAUGUUUUGUGUUUGUAGUAUGACCGUACCCGCUCCCUCUCCCCCACUGAAUGUUGCCUCUUCACCCCAUGGACCAGAAAGGUAUUUGUCUGCAUGCCAAGCCUCGUGGUUUAAAAUCUACAGGCCCUAAAUUAAUUAUACUACUAGUUCUAGAUAGAACUACUACUACUACCUCUCCUUCCUGCUGUUCUCUAGCAUCUCAUUAGCUCCUGUCUACUGUCUUCAUCUCAUUAGCUCCUGUCUACUGUCUUCAUCUUAUUAGCUCCUGUCUAUGUCUACUGUCUUCAUAGCAUAGCUCCUGUCUACUGUCUUCAUCUCAUUAGCUCCUGUCUACUGUCUUCAUCUCAUUAGCUCCUGUCUACUGUCUUCAUCUUAUUAGCUCCUGUCUACUGUCUUCAUCUCAUUAGCUCCUGUCUACUGUCUCAUCUCAUUAGCUUCUGUCUACGUUCUUCAUCUCAUUAGCUCCUGUCUACUUCACUGUCUUCAUCUCAUUAGCUCCUGGUCUACUGUCUUCAUCUUAUUAGCUCAUGUCUACUGUCUUAUUCAUUAGCUCCUGUCUACUGUCUUCAUCUCAUUAGCUCCUGUCUGUCUCAUCUUAUUAGCUCCUACGUUAUACUGUCUUUCCAUCUUAUUAGACUACUCAUGUCUAAUGUCUUCAUCUCAUUAGCUCCUGUCUACUGUCUUCAUCUCAUAGCAUCAUUGUAUACUGUCUUCAUCUUUCAUUAGCUCCUGUCUACUGUUCUUCAUCUCAUUAGACUCCUGUCUACUGUAGUCAAUCUUCAUUAGCUCUGUCUACUCUCUUCAUAGCAUUAGCUCCUGUCUACAGUCUACUGUCUUCAUCCAUUAGCUCCGUCUACUGUCUUACUUGUCUUAAUAGAUUAGCUCCUGUCUUACUGUAUUCAUCUUAUUAGCUCCUGUCUACUGUCUUCAGCUUUAUUAGCUCUGGUCUACUUGUCUUCAUCUUAUUAGCUCCUGUUACUGUCUAUCUCAUUAGCUCCUGUCUACUGAUUUCAUCUCAUUAGCUCCUGUCUACUGUCUUCAUCUCAUUAGCUCCUGUCUACUGUCUUCAUCUCAUUAGCUCCUGUCUACUGUCUACUCUCUUCAUAGCAUUAGCUCCUGUCUACAGUCUACUGUCUUCAUUUUUUUUAUUUUUUUUAUUUCACCUUUAUUUAACCAGGUAAACCAGUUGAGAACAAGUUCUCAUUUACAACUGCGACCUGGCCAAGAUAAAGCAAAGCAGUGCGAUAAAAACAAAACACAGAGUUACAUAUGGGGUGUAAAACAAAAACAAAGUCAAAAAUACAACAGAAAUACAUAUAUAUACAGUGUGUGCAAAUGUAGCAAGUUAUGGAGGUAAGGCAAUAAAUAGGCUAUAGUGCAAAAUAAUUACAAUUAGUAUUAACACUGGAAUGAUAGAUGUGCAAGAGAUGAUGUGCAAAUAGAGAUACUGGGGUACAAAUGAGCAAAAUAAAUAACAAUAUAGGGAUGAGGUAGUUGGGCGGGCUAAUUUCAGAUGGGCUGUGUCUCAUUAGCUCCUGUCUACUGUCUUCAUCUCAUUAGCUCCUGUCUACUGUCUUCAUCUCAUUAGCUCCUGUCUACUGUCUUCAUCUCAUUAGCUCCUGUCUACUGUCUUCAUCUUAUUAGCUUCUGUCUACUGUCUUCAUCUCAUUAGCUCCUGUUCUACUGUCUUCAUCUCAUUAGCUCCUGUCUACUGUCUUCAUCUUAUUAGCUCCUGUCUACUGUCUUCAUCUCAUUAGCUUCUGUCUACUGUCUUCAUCUUAUUAGCUUCUGUCUACUGUCUUCAUCUCAUUAGCUCCUGUCUACUGUCUUCAUCUCAUUAGCUUCUGUCUACAGUCUACUGUCUUCAUCUCAUUAGCUCCUGUCUACUGUCUUCAUCUUAUUAGCUCCUGUCUACUGUCUUCAUCUCAUUAGCUCCUGUCUACUGUCUUCAUCUCAUUAGCUCCUGUCUACUGUCUUCAUCUCAUUAGCUCCUGUCUACUGUCUUCAUCUCAUUAGCUCCUGUCUACAGUCUACUGUCUUCAUCUCAUUAGCUCCUGUCUACUGUCUUCAUCUUAUUAGCUCCUGUCUACUGUCUUCAUUCAUUAGCUCCUGUCUACUGUCUUCAUCUCAUUAGCUCCUGUCUACUGUCUUCAUCUCAUUAGCUCCUGUCUACUGUCUUCAUCUCAUUAGCUCCUGUCUACUGUCUUCAUUCAUUAGUUCCAGUCUAAUAGUCAUGUCUACUGUCAUUCAUCUACAUUAGCUCCUGUCUACUGUCCUUCAUAGCAUUAGUUCCCAGUCGACUGUCUUUCAUCUCAUUAGCUCCUGUCUACUGUCCUUCAUCUCAUUUAGCUCCUGUCUACUGGCUUCAUCAUCAUUAGCUCCUGUCGACCUGUCUUCAAUCUCAUUAGCUCCUGUCGACUGUCUUCAUACUAAUUAGCUCACUGUCUACUGUCUUCAUCUCAUUAGCUCCUGUCUACUGUCUUCAUAGCAUUAGUUCCUGUCUACUGUCUUCAUCUCAUUAGUUCCUGUCUACUGUCUUCAUCUUCAAAACAUCAUCAUUCUCCUCUCAACUUCUGACCACUAUCCAGAACUCUGGGACUUUCCUGGGAUCAUAUUCUUUGACACUUGAGCGUUUGAGCUGUCUCUUGAUCUCUGUCUUGAUCUUAAUAUCUUCCUGACCUUCAUUUCCCUUUCCUCCAGAACAGCUGUCAUUUACUGCAAUGGAAUUAAAACGUUUUGCUCAUUUUGUGUCUGUGCCUUGUAAGUGUAUAACUUGUAAGUGUUAAACCUAAGAGUUAAGUAAAUGCCAGAACGCAAUUUACUUUGUAUGUUGCCCUUUGUAACAACACAUCUAAGUAUGUGUCCAAAAUGGCUCCUUGUUCUCUAUUCCCGAGUGAACCAUGAGGCUCUGGUCCUAUAGCAGUACAGUAUAUAGGGAAUAGUAUGCCAUUUUGAACUCUUCUAAGUGUUGCACUAACCCUAAAACCCCAACUAACCAUAUUUCUGGCCAUCUGCAUCAGGCUGCCACUACCACAGACCCUGAUGCAGAGCCUGCAGUGGGCCACAGGUCUAAGUGUGCUAUCCCCAACCCCCCCUCCACGCUGGACAAGCAGACCAACUGGUCCAAGGCCCUGCCACUGCCCACUCCCCAGGAGAGGAUGAAGAGUGACCCAGCUGUCGUGUCCUCAUGCAUCAUCCCCAUCAAUGUCACUGGUAACACACAACAUGACUCCAUCUCUGUCUCUGGAUGUGUUUGAUAUUCCCUCAAUCUCUCUCGCUCUCUCUCUCUCUCUCUCUCUCUCUCUCUCUCUCUCUCUCUCUCUCUCUCUCUCUCUCUCUCUCUCUCUCUCUCUCUCUCUCUCUCUCUCUCUCUCUCUCUCUCUCUCUCUAUCUAUCUAUCUAUCUAUCUGUGUACAUUCUCUCUCCCUCUCUCUCCCUCUCUCUCUCUGUACAUUCUCUCUCUCUCUCUCUCUCUCUCUCUCCCUCUCUCUCUCUCUCUCUAUCUCUCUCUAGUUUGAAUCAAUUAAUCUAUUAAUUAACUGUUGUUUGUGUAUUAGUGAGUGCGUGUAACUUGUAAACUGUGUGGAAUGUAAUUUGUGAGAUGUGGAAAGACAUUACUCUUGAUGGACAAUAAAUGACAUCAAUGAAGUGCUUCCAGAGCAGCUCUCUCACGUGUGCUUUGUUUCUCUCCACAGGGGUGGGGUUCGACAGGGAGGCUAGCGUGCGCUGCUCCCUGGUACACUCCCAGUCUGUGCUGCAGAGGAGGAGGAAGCUGAGGAGGAGGAAGACCAUCACUGGUAUCCCCAGACGAGUUCAACAGGACAUGGGUACGGCUGUCUGUCUGUUAUACUGUCUGUCUAUCUGUCUGUCUGUCUCUGGCUGUCUCUCUGUCUGUCUGUUAUACUGUCUGUCUGUCUGUCAGUUAUACUGUCUGUCUAUCUGUCUGUCUGUCUCUGGCUGUCUCUCUGUCUGUCUUUUAUACUGUCUGUCUGUCUGUUAUACUGUCUGUCAGUUAUGUUGUCUGUCUAUCUGUCUCUGGCUGUUUGUCUGUCUGUCUGUCUGUCUGUCUGUCUGUCUGUCUGUCUGUCUGUCUGUCUGUCUGUGUCUGUCUGUGCCUGACCUCCAAGUACUGUUAUCACCAGUCAACCAAUCCUACUUUCUGUAGACAAACAAACAUGCAUAUUUGUCCUGGCGUUUAGACUUUUUUUUUAUCUGCCUGAAUUUCAUUGAUAGAAAAGGCAGGAGACUCAUACUUUAUUUUCUAAUCAUGUUGAUUGAUGACUUACUAAUCAAUGCCACCCCUGUUUCCCUUCAGACUCUGAUGAGUCUCCGGUGGCGAGGGAGAGGACAGUGAUCAUCCACGCCAACCCUCACCUGUCCCUCUGUCAGGAGGAGCUCUCCCUCCGAGGGGGACACACCAAGGACUCCGGCUGCCAGACAGAUGACUGCCUGACCGGUGGCGGUGGCGCCCCGUCCAGGAGACGUAUACGUGCCCAGCGCGGCGGCCAGGGGGGCAUCCCCGCCUCCCUCUCCCACUCCACAGGGAACAUCUCCUCGCUUCCCGACCACCCUGACACCGCCAUGUACACCGCCUCGGGCUCCCGCCUACGCUCCCGCAGCCUCCCCCGCGAGGGAGGCCGCAUCCGCGACGAGGACCAGGACGACAGUGAUGAAGAUGACGAUGAUGAUGACGACGAUGAUGAUGAUGACGAUGAGGAGCUCUCUCCGUACGAGACGGGAACGGGGCCGAGGAUGUUGAAGGACGAGGAGGAGAGUGCGGACGACCAGGCCAUGCCAGAGCUGCAGCAAGGAGACGGGGGGAGUCCAGAACACAUGUGGAUGGAGAGGGGUCGCUCCCGUCUCCCCCGUCAGGUUGACAUGGGGAGCUGUGAGAUCUCCUCCAGCUCAGACACCUUCAGCAGCCCUAUCCACUCUGUCUCCACCACGGGGGUGCUGAGAGGACAGAUAGACCACAAGGUACGUCUUUGCUGUCACCUUCACUUAUCUGUGUAUCUUGUCUUCUUUUGCUUUUAGCCUUUUGAUGUUUGUUUUUGAUGUGCAGGCCCUGCGACAGACUAGCAUCCUGUCCAGGGGGUGUACUGUACAUCAAGCUGCCUCACUACAGAAACAGGAGAUAGACUAGUGUCCUGUCCAGGGGGUGUACUGUACAUCAAGCUGCCUCACUACAGAAACAGGAGAUAGACUAGCAUCCUGUCCAGGGGGUGUACUGUACAUCAAACUGCCUCACUACAGAAACAGGAGAUAGACUAGUGUCCUGUCCAGGGGGUGUACUGUACAUCAAGCUGCCCUACUACAGAAACAGGAGAUAGACUAGUGUCCUGUCCAGGGGGUGUACUGUACAUCAAACUGCCUCACUACAGAAACAGGAGAUAGACUAGUGUCCUGUCCAGGGGGUGUACUGUACAUCAAACUGCCUCAUGAUACAGGAACAGGAGAUAGACUAGUGUCCUGUCCAGGGGGUGUACUGUACAUCAAGCUGCCUCACUACAGGAACAGGAGAUAGACUAGUGUCCUGUCCAGGGGGUGUACUGUACAUCAAGCUGCCUCACUACAGAAACAGGAGAUAGACUAGUGUCCUGUCCAGGGGGUGUACUGUACAUCAAGCUGCCUCACUACAGAAACAGGAGAUAGACUAGUGUCCUGUCCAGGGGGUGUACUGAACAUCAAGCUGCCUCACUACAGAAACAGGAGAUAGACUAGUGUCCUGUCCAGGGGGUGUACUGGUCAUCAAGCUGCCUCACUACAGGAACAGGAGAUAGACUAGUGUCCUGUCCAGGGGGUGUACUGUACAUCAAGCUGCCUCACUACAGAAACAGGAGAUAGACUAGUGUCCUGUCCAGGGGGUGUACUGGUCAUCAAGCUGCCUCACUACAGGAACAGGAGAUAGACUAGUGUCCUGUCCAGGGGGUGUACUGGUCAUCAAGCUGCCUCACUACAGGAACAGGAGAUAGACUAGUGUCCUGUCCAGGGGGUGUACUGUACAUCAAGCUGCCUCACUACAGAAACAGGAGAUAGACUAGUGUCCUGUCCAGGGGGUGUACUGUACAUCAAGCUGCCUCAUGAUACAGAAACAGGAGAUAGACUAGCGUCCUGUCCAGGGGGUGUACUGUACAUCAAGCUGUCUCACUACAGAAACAGGAGAUAGACUAGUGUCCUGUCCAGGGGGUGUACUGUACAUCAAGCUGCCUCAUGAUACAGAAACAGGAGACAGACUAGCGUCCUGUCCAGGGGGUGUACUGUACAUCAAGCUGCCUCACUACAGAAACAGGAGAUAGACUAGUGUCCUGUCCAGGGGGUGUACUGUACAUCAAGCUGCCUCAUGAUACAGGAACAGGAGAUAGACUAGUGUCCUGUCCAGGGGGUGUACUGUACAUCAAGCUGCCUCAUGAUACAGGAACAGGAGAUAGACUAGUGUCCUGUCCAGGGGGUGUACUGUACAUCAAGCUGCCUCACUACAGAAACAGGAGAUAGACUAGCAUCCUGUCCAGGGGGUGUACUGUACAUCAAGCUGCCUCAUGAUACAGAAACAGGAGAUAGACUAGCGUCCUGUCCAGGGGGUGUACUGUACAUCAAGCUGCCUCACUACAGAAACAGGAGAUAGACUAGUGUCCUGUCCAGGGGGUGUACUGUACAUCAAGCUGCCUCAUGAUACAGAAACAGGAGAUAGACUAGCGUCCUGUCCAGGGGGUGUACUGUACAUCAAGCUGCCUCACUACAGAAACAGGAGAUAGACUAGUGUCCUGUCCAGGGGGUGUACUGUACAUCAAGCUGCCUCACUACAGAAACAGGAGAUAGACUAGUGUCCUGUCCAGGGGGUGUACUGUACAUCAAGCUGCCUCAUGAUACAGGAACAGGAGAUAGACUAGCGUCCUGUCCAGGGGGUGUACUGUACAUCAAGCUGCCUCACUACAGAAACAAGAGAUAGACUAGUGUCCUGUCCAGGGGGUGUACUGUACAUCAAGCUGCCUCAUGAUACAGAAACAGGAGAUAGACUAGUGUCCUGUCCAGGGGGUGUACUGUACAUCAAGCUGCCUCACUACAGAAACAGGAGAUAGACUAGUGUCCUGUCCAGGGGGUGUACUGUACAUCAAGCUGCCUCAUGAUACAGGAACAGGAGAUAGACUAGUGUCCUGACCAGGGGGUGUACUGUACAUCAAGCUGCCUCACUACAGAAACAGGAGAUAGACUAGUGUCCUGUCCAGGGGGUGUACUGUACAUCAAGCUGCCUCAUGAUACAGGAACAGGAGAUAGACUAGUGUCCUGUCCAGGGGGUGUACUGUACAUCAAGCUGCCUCAUGAUACAGGAACAGGAGAUAGACUAGUGUCCUGUCCAGGGGGUGUACUGUACAUCAAGCUGCCUCACUACAGAAACAGGAGAUAGACUAGUGUCCUGUCCAGGGGGUGUACUGUACAUCAAGCUGCCUCAUGAUACAGAAACAGGAGAUAGACUAGUGUCCUGUCCAGGGGGUGUACUGUACAUCAAGCUGCCUCACUACAGAAACAGGAGAUAGACUAGUGUCCUGUCCAGGGGGUGUACUGUACAUCAAGCUGCCUCAUGAUACAGGAACAGGAGAUAGACUAGUGUCCUGUCCAGGGGGUGUACUGUACAUCAAGCUGCCUCACUACAGAAACAGGAGAUAGACUAGUGUCCUGUCCAGGGGGUGUACUGUACAUCAAGCUGCCUCACUACAGAAACAAGAGAUAGACUAGUGUCCUGUCCAGGGGGUGUACUGUACAUCAAGCUGCCUCAUGAUACAGAAACAGGAGAUAGACUAGUGUCCUGUCCAGGGGGUGUACUGUACAUCAAGCUGCCUCACUACAGAAACAGGAGAUAGACUAGUGUCCUGUGCAGGGGGUGUACUGUACAUCAAGCUGCCUCACUACAGAAACAGGAGAUAGACUAGUGUCCUGUCCAGGGGGUGUACUGUACAUCAAGCUGCCUCAUGAUACAGGAACAGGAGAUAGACUAGUGUCCUGUCCAGGGGGUGUACUGUACAUCAAGCUGCCUCACUACAGAAACAGGAGAUAGACUAGUGUCCUGUCCAGGGGGUGUACUGUACAUCAAGCUGCCUCAUGAUACAGGAACAGGAGAUAGACUAGUGUCCUGUCCAGGGGGUGUACUGUACAUCAAGCUGCCUCAUGAUACAGGAACAGGAGAUAGACUAGUGUCCUGUCCAGGGGGUGUACUGUACAUCAAGCUGCCUCACUACAGAAACAGGAGAUAGACUAGUGUCCUGUCCAGGGGGUGUACUGUACAUCAAGCUGCCUCAUGAUACAGAAACAGGAGAUAGACUAGUGUCCUGUCCAGGGGGUGUACUGUACAUCAAGCUGCCUCACUACAGAAACAGGAGAUAGACUAGUGUCCUGUCCAGGGGGUGUACUGUACAUCAAGCUGCCUCAUGAUACAGGAACAGGAGAUAGACUAGUGUCCUGUCCAGGGGGUGUACUGUACAUCAAGCUGCCUCACUACAGAAACAGGAGAUAGACUAGUGUCCUGUCCAGGGGGUGUACUGUACAUCAAGCUGCCUCAUGAUACAGAAACAGGAGAUAGACUAGUGUCCUGUCCAGGGGGUGUACUGUACAUCAAGCUGCCUCAUGAUACAGAAACAGGAGAUAGACUAGUGUCCUGUCCAGGGGGUGUACUGUACAUCAAGCUACCUCACUACAGAAACAGGAGAUAGGCUCCUGCCCAAUGGGCCAUUCUGUCUUGGACAAGGCUGACUUACUUAUUUGAUGUGCAGAGCUUUCUGCUUUCUGCAUUUGAUUAAAAGCGCUCUACAAAUAACAGUUAUUAUUAUUAUUAGGAGGACCACCAGUCGUCCAGUGGUAACUGGAGUGGCAGCAGUUCCACAUGCCCCUCCCAGACCUCUGAGACACUCCCCCCUGCCGCCUCCCCCCCUCUGACCGGCUCCUCCCACUGUGACUCGGAGCUGUCGCUCAACGCUGCGCCGCACGCCAUCGAUGACCUCACCGGCUUCAUCAUCGACCCGUACCACUCGGACCGGCCGCAGGUGAGUUUCCCUCUGACGAUCCUACUUACCUUUGACUUCCUGUCUUCACUACUUUAUUUAUUGACUUGGACAUUGUGUUGUUUGUUGGGACUUUUUGUAUAGGAAGUUCAUAUUUUAGCUGUAAACAAAAUAAAGCUAUAUUUACUUAACUAAACUAGGUAAAGCACUAUGAGCUACUGGAAAAGCGCUAUAUAAAUCAGAUGUAUUAUUAUUAUUGAAUUAUUAUCAUUAUUAUUACAGGACCAGGGUCAUAGGUCCAGCUCCUUCACAUCCUCAGCCACUGACCAGCUGGAUGAUGCCGGGGUCAGCACUGCCAGCGAGGGAGAGUGGGCCUACCCCCAGGACCAGGUACCACAGCUAUUUAACAAUAUAGAUCAUUCUCUCCCCUCCCCUCCCCUCCCCUCCCCUCCCCUCUCCUCUCCUCUCCUCUCCUCUCCUCUCCUCUCCUCUCCUCUCCUCUCCUCUCCUCUCCUCUCCUCUCCUCUCCUCUCCUCUCCUCUCCUCUCCUCUCCUCUCCUCUCCUCUCCUCUCCUCUUAUCCUCUCUUUUCUCUUAUCUUGUCUCAUCUUAUCUAAUGUUAUGUUAUGCUGUUCUAGGCUGACCAGGAUCAGCUGUGUGGUCAGGACUUCAGCCCCAGGCGUUCCUCCAGGGGGGACCAGACCAGGAUAGACUUCACCAGCAUCCACACCUACGACGGCUUCUCAGACCGAGCUCCUCCUACUGCUGCAGCAGACUCCCAGGGCUUCUACUCCUCCUCCAUGCAGGCUCAGAGUUACAGGAGCUACAUGUCCAGCUAUGCAGCCGUGGGCUCUGGCGCUGACUGUGGCCAGGGUAACACUGUGGGCGCGACGCCCGGCGCGGGAGAGGGUAUGGCUGGGUACCUUCCUCAGUCCUCUGACUACAGGGGAGCCACCUUAACGCUAGGGAGGCCGUGUCGUACGCUGAAGAAACCAAAGGUCAAACCACCCCCACCAAAACGGAGCUCAUCGUUGAAGGAGACGUGUAGCGCUGGUGCUCCAGAGAACGUCCCCCCUGAGCAGGGCGAUGAGCAGGGCGACCAGGACCAACCAAAGAUACAUAGUAGUGGGCAGACCCAGACCCAGACCCUGAACCUGCCCGUGUCUUCCAUAGACAGAGAGAUGAGGCUGCAGCUGGACAUGGCCAGCCCAGGGCAGAUGGAGAAUCCUGGGUUGGAGGGUGAGGAGGCCGGGGUGUGUGGUGGUGGUGGAGGUGCCUGGGGGAUGGGGAGUCCCAGGAGCCCUAGGACCGUGGAGAUGACAGAGCCCACCUCGUUCGGGUCCACUGACACACACUCCUUCAAGGACGAGGGCGCCGUUCAGUCUGACUAUGCAGACCUCUGGCUCCUCAACGACUUGAAAUCCAAAAGUAACGGCGACCCCUACGGCUCGUUGUCCAACUCCAGCACUGCUACGGGUACUACUGUUAUUGAAUGCAUCAAGUCGCCGGUGGACAGCUCCUCUCCCGGGGGAGAGACCCAGGCAUUGAUGCAUUCCUCUGGCUCUGGUUCCAGCUCCUCCAGGCCCACCUCCCCUCCUCUUCCCCCCAGGGAUGGAGACUUCAAGCUGGGCUCUCCUGAGAAGCUGGCCGGCCUCGCCUCACCCUCCAGCGGAUACUCCAGCCAAUCUGAGACGCCCACGUCUUCGUUCCCGUUAGCGUUCUUCCCAGGCCCGCUCUCUCCGACCAGCGGGAAACGGAAACCCAAAGUCCCCGAGAGGAAGUCUUCUCUCUCCUCGCUGCAGCACCAGGCCCAGACCCAGUUCUCUAGCUCUGCCUCCGGAUCCUCCUCUUCCUCUUCCUCUUCCUCUUCCUCGUCAUCCAGGAAAGACUAUGACUUCCCGGCUCCACCCACCCAGCUGGACUUAAGUGCUCUUCACAGCGCCCACGGCAGCCGACCACUACCCACUCUGGCCAACCGGACCCACAUGCACACGCUGCACCAGAACAAGCAGAAGGCAGCAGCAGCAGAGGCCCGGACCACCGCGGGUAACACUGCAGCCGCUAACGCUAAUGCUAGUGCUAAUGCUAGUGUUAAUGCUAGUGCUAACGCUAACGCUAGUUCAGCCUCCUCUGGGUUUAUCUAUGGAUCCACUCUGACUCCAGAGGCCCCACUUGCUGCCAACCCCAUGGCCCUGGCCAUCACCCCAACGGUGCUGCGCUCGGUCCAGCUGCGCUCCACCGGCCACAGGGCCACCGAUGGUUCUCAGCCCCAGGCUCAGGGUGCUCAGUGUGCUCAGGGCCAGGAGCCUCCACCACCACCACAAGCAUGGGCCCACGAGGCUCCAGGGGCCUCUGCCACCAGACCCAAGAUGCCCAGUGUAACCAUCGUCACCCCCCACUCUGACACCAACACCAGGCCCCUGCCACCCAGGAGACCCAUCGCCCAGAAACCCCCGCCACCACCGAUCCAGGACUCCCACCACCCUACUCAGGAGCACCACCACCGCUCUGUACCCCAGCCCCAGCACCACCCCACCCCCAUGCAGCACCCGGACGGCCCCCCGCCCUACGAGAGCCUGGCCAGGCACCGGCAGGACCGCUACAGCCCCGGAACCUUCUGGGCCAUGACGGCGUUCCGGACUUGCCCCGCGGAACCUAUGGAACCCGAGGAACCCAUGCACCGAGCUCCGCCGCCAACUCCGGAACCCGUGGUUCCUACCACACACCCGGAGUGCCACGUGUUAGGGGAGCGGACCGAGGAUGAAGAAGAGGAGGAGGAGGAAGAGCAAGAUAGAGAGAUAUCAAGGGUUAUGAGUCACAGUCAAGGCCUCAUUAGAGAAUAUCGAGAAUAUCAUCAAAGAGAUCAUCCAAGAGAACCACCGACGUACGAGACGCUAGAGGAGUCCCACUCAUAUCAGUCCCAAUCACAUUAUCACAGCCAGUCACAGACACAGUCCUGUCACAGUCACAUGGUCCGGAGGUGGGACUUGGGCCCAAGCAGCAGUCCUGACAAAGUGCCUGGUGUAACUGUGGAAGCAUCACACCCUUACUCAAUCAGCCAUGUGAGAGAUCUGAGAGGUGGUGGUGAGGACCACUAUGAGAUGGCAUCAUCAGGGGUUCCUACCAGAAGUGCCUCUCAGGAUAGCAGCAGAGAUGACUCCACCACACCGGACACAGAGGACUACUUCAGCAAAGGUGAGUCUGGAUUGAUGGGUUUAACUUUUACUUUACUGAAAGAUGCAUUAUGCAGAAAUCGCUCCGCCAUUUCCAGUUUGCAAAAAUUCUAACAGUUUGCCUAAUUUCAGUUUAUGUGUCAAAACAAACAAGUAUAGUGUAGUGCAUCAUUGUACCAUCUAAAGCGCUGUGAAAUAUAUUUUCCAUAGCCAAAAAUAUUGUAUUUUCAGCUGUUUGAAGCUGGUGUACAAAACCGAAAGUAAAAGACACAAAAACGGGAAGCACAGAAAUAGCGCACAUAGAACAGAUCUACCACUUCUUAGACUUGCUUUCAAUGACAAUGACAGAUCUAUAAAAACAAAUUUCUAUGUGAAUUUUGCCGGGUCACCCAAAAAGUUACAUUUUGCAGCUUUAAUACAUUGCUUAGUACUUUACUUUGAGACUUUUUAGCAAUCAAUUAUUUUUUUAUUUAUGUAUUAAUUUAAGAGACUUCAAGUAAUAGUAUAACCCCUUUUCCCUUCCUUCUGUUGUGGUCCUCUGAUCUCUAGAGGCUUUAAUGAUCUAUAAGGAAUGUGAUCAGAUCACUUCUGUUGUGGUCCUCUGAUCUCUAGAGGCUUUAAUGAUCUAUAAGGAAUGUGAUCAGAUCACUUCUGUUGUGGUCCUCUGAUCUCUAGAGGCUUUAAUGAUCUAUAAGGAAUGUGAUCAGAUCACUUCUGUUGUGGUCCUCUGAUCUCUAGAGGCUUUAAUGAUCUAUAAGGAAUGUGAUCAGAUCACUUCUGUUGUGGUCCUCUGAUCUCUAGAGGCUUUAAUGAUCUAUAAGGAAUGUGAUCAGAUCACUUCUGUUGUGGUCCUCUGAUCUCUAGUCUUUAAUGAUCUAUAAGGAAUGUGAUCAGAUCACUUCAGUUGUGGUCCUCUCAUCUCUAGAGGCUUUAAUGAUCUAUAAGGAAUGUGAUCAGAUCACUUCUGUUGUGGUCCUCUGAUCUCUAGUCUUUAAUGAUCUAUAAGGAAUGUGAUCAGAUCACUUCAGUUGUGGUCCUCUCAUCUCUAGAGGCUUUAAUGAUCUAUAAGGAAAGUGAUCAGAUCACUUCAGUUGUGGUCCUCUGAUCUCUAGAGGCUUUAAUGAUCUAUAAGGAAAGUGAUCAGAUCACUAGCAUGAUAUUCCCUAAAACAUCCUGUUCCUGUUCCUCCAGAGUCUACUAGUCCCAGUGAUAACUCACUCUCUCCUCUGACUGACGAAACAACCAAACUUGAUGAUGAUGUCGUCUUCAUGUCGCCCAGCAAAUCACGUACUACUGAAGACCUGUUCGCCAUGAUCCACAGGUCACUUUCAAUUCAGUUGAAAUAACUGUAUUAUUUUGACUCACUAGGUUAUAGCUGCACUUGUCAUAACAAAUAUUAUCAUUACCUUUAUCUGUCAGUAUCUUCAAUUCAGUUCAAAGAUCUUUAUUGUUUUUGAAAGUUGCAGCAAAUUACAAACAAACUGAGAACACACAUUGAAUGCAUCAGACAUAUGAACUACAGCAGAAAGGUUUAUAAAAUGGCCUGUUUACCUGAACCGUGUAACACUCUCCUAUUCUAGGUCCAAGAGGAAAGUCCUGGGCCGUAAGGACUCUGGAGAGCUGAGUGUGAAGAGCCGUCUGUGUCCUCCUCCGGCUGCCGUCGUUCCCCCUGCAGCUAUCCUCCCAGCCGCCCCCCCACCACCCCCUCUCAUCACCCCCCCCGCCCCAGCCCUCUCCACCCUGACCCUGGCCGGGACCCAGCGCACCCCAGGACCCAUCUACCGCAGCGCCAAGAAGUCCAGCACCUCCAACGAGGAGUUCAAGCUGCUUCUCCUAAAGAAGGGCAGCCGGACUGAUUCCAGCUACCGCAUGUCUGCUACAGAGAUCCUCAAGAGCCCCAUCGCCCCCAAGUCCCCUGGGCACCCCUUGGCUGCGGAGGGCCAGGUCAGGUACCCCACCGAGGAGCCCCCCUCUCCCCUCCAGGAGCCGUCAUUGCAGGGGGCCGGGGAGCAACUCUUUCCCCCCAGCCACUUCCCCAGGCCCAGUUCGGACAGCUUCAGCCCCAAAACACCUCCCACGUCGGCUUCGUCAAGACAGGGGCGCUCCCGGAUCCCCCCUGCAGCCAAUAGUAGUCGCUACAGCACCCGUAGCCGGCUCUAUACGGCGCCCAUGCAGGUCAUAUCAGAGGGGGAGACGGAAAACUCAGAUGGGAGUCCUCAUGAUGAUCGCUCCUCGUAAAUAAAAGGCAUGCUCAGUGCAGAGACAUCUACCCUGUUCUUUAUUUGGUAUACUACUUUUGACCAGGGCCCAUAUAGGGAAUAGGGUCCCAUUUGGGGCGUAGACGUAUUGAUAUGGAUCUGGUUCAGUGUUGUUACUGUUCUUAUCUACUGAGUACUGAUGGAUACACACAGCAAAACAAAGAGUGGCUAACCAGAGAGAGAGACUCUACUCUGGACUACCUGCCUGGGGAUUGGAUAUCUAUGUGCAGAACUGA